GCUUCACCCGUCUGACUACAUGGAAGAAACACCGAGAACACAAGAGGAGACGCCGGAGCUCGAUAGACUGCAGUCAGGAUGGUCUAUAUCGCCGCUAUGCCCUUUGGACACGGAGUGUCUGUCUUGACGGAGGAGGAAAGCGUGGUGGAGAUGAUAGGAAAGUACUUCUUCCACCACAACUCCCCGGGCCGUGGGUCGAGUUCGGCCCGGCGGGGAAGCGUUGAGAGCUGCGAUGAGAGGGACGGCAGCUGGCCUUCCGCAGAUUUGGAUGCUGGUGUUGAGGACGAACAGCAGCUCCUCCAUCAGGACCUGACCCGGCAGAUGGAGUGCUGUCUGACGGAAGCCAAGCCGUCCGUCCUGCGCUGCCAGGUGCUGCUGCUGCCCCGCAACAUGAUCACCAGGGUCGGGAACCACAUCCUGCACGCCUCCGCCGAUGAGCCCUGCGGGCUCCGGGGCGCCUCCAUCAAGCUGUACGUUGAGGGCAAAGACGGCCUCAAGUUUGUGGGGACCGUCGUUCCGGACCCGGAUGUGACCCCGACCUUUGAACUGUCUGUGGUGUUCAAGGUGGACAAGGAGGAUGGCUGGCACAUCUUUGAUUCUGGCAAAGUGCUGAAGCUGAGGCCGGAGUACCAGCUGAUGAAGAGGAAGCUCUACUCCUCUGAAAGUCCCGUGAUCCAUGAGUUCAGCUAGUGGUGGACGGAGACUUGCAGAGUCAUUUCAGUCCAUAGUGAAUGUAAAGCUGUGUACUCUGUGAGGUUUCUGUUUUGAUUUACUCUAGUUCAUUUUAUAUAUUCAGAUAGCUGAACCUUCUUGAGCAGGUCCUCAAAAGUUGUGUUUCUUUUUCACUAAUUGUCAGUAUUUUGCACUGCGAGUUGUCUGACUGCUUAAAUUUUAACCCAGAACUGGGCUGGUCUCACUACUGAAGUGUACUGUUUUUGUAUUUUAUUUAUAAGACUUAAACUGUGCAAUAAAGUAUUUAUAUAAAGUUU